CCCCCCCCCCCCCCAAGAAGCUCCUGCGACACCACUCCCCCUACCCAGCUGGAGGAGUCCACCAUCACCGCCGCUGCCGCUGCCGCCGCUGCCAGUCUCCGUACCCUGCGCCAGCGCUGUCACUGGGGACACAGCCAGAGACACAACCAGACAUUGCGCCUGGACCGCCUCUGCAGCAAUCAGCUCCUUUGCCGCUGUCGCUGCUAUUGCCGCGCUCCUGGUGGCCCUCCUCCCACUCCUACGACUGGACCAGAGAAAUUCGUCAACGACUCUCUUUACCACUCUCACGAUUCCAUUGCAGCUUCCGCUUUACGGUGACCCAUAGAUGUCGACAUGUCAUCUACCGACCUGUCGGCCCAACAGCCGCAACCGCCGCAAAACCCCGAAUCGACACCUCAGUCUGCUGGCGGGGAUUCCAAUGCCGCCAACACGAGCCCCAACGCUCAAGGCAGCUCUGCUGCUGCUGCUGCCGCCGCCGCCGCCGCCGCCGCCGCUGCCGCAAACCACAUGAGUUUUCGCAGGCAACGAGCUUCCAGAGCUUGUGAGACAUGUCACGCGCGCAAGGUACGAUGCGACGCCGCGAGUCUGGGCGUGCCUUGCACGAACUGCGUCGCCUUCCAGAUCGAAUGCCGCAUCCCUACCCCCAAGCGCAAAAAGACAACAAAUGCCGGAACGAACAAGGACUCGGACAGUGAGAAAGGAGAUACUGCCGACGACCGGUCACCGAGAGCGCCUAGUAUUUCUGCCCCUGGCCCCGGGACGUUCCCCCCGCGAACACCUGCUGUCUAUCACACCACGGACGGUACGCCGUCGUCCAACUACACCGAAUCGCAAGCCCGAAAGGAGGAGGUUGACAGUGGCACCUACCUCAACCUCGUGAUGAAACCCAAGUUUACAAGGGCCCCUAUUACGGACGCUGGCAGAGUCGCAUAUCUCGGGGAGUCGUCUAACCUGACCUUGCUUGUCCAUGAUCGCCAAGGCUCGUCGGAUGUCGUCCACUACCCUUUGCCCGAAAACGUCAGAGGAUCCAGAGCCCGCCUAACCGAGCUGGAUAACGUCGAAAUUGACAUUCUCCACCAGCGUGGCGCUUUUCUGCUACCGCCGCGGUCACUAUGUGACGAGCUCAUCGAUUCGUAUUUCAAAUGGAUCCAUCCCAUUGUUCCCGUCAUCAACCGCACACGGUUUAUGCGACAAUAUCGCGAUCCCAAAAAUCCGCCAUCUCUUUUGCUGUUACAGGCUGUGCUGCUGGCUGGCUCCCGAGUCUGCACGAACCCGCAGUUGAUGGACGCCAAUGGCUCGACAACCCCUGCGGCCCUAACCUUCUACAAGAGGGCAAAGGCACUGUACGAUGCCAACUAUGAGGACGAUCGAGUGACCAUCGUGCAAUCGCUGUUACUGAUGGGCUGGUAUUGGGAAGGGCCAGAAGAUGUCACCAAGAACGUCUUUUACUGGAGCCGAGUCGCUACCAUCGUUGCUCAGGGCUCUGGUAUGCAUAGAAGCGUUGAACAAUCGCAGCUCAGUCGCUCUGACAAGAGGCUUUGGAAGAGAAUCUGGUGGACCCUUUUCACGCGAGAUAGGUCCGUUGCUGUCGCCCUUGGUCGGCCUGUACACAUCAACCUGGACGACUCGGAUGUCGAAAUGCUCACCGAAGAUGACUUCAUUGAGGACGACGGCGACCGCAACAGCGAGUACCCUCCAGACCCGAUACACGUUCAGUUUUUUAUGCAAUAUGUCAAACUCUGUGAGAUUAUGGGCUUGGUGCUCUCGCAACAGUACUCGGUGGCCUCGAAAGGUCGGCAGCGCAACGCAAUCGAUCUGACGCACAGCGAUAUGGCUCUCGCAGAUUGGCUUCAAAAUUGCCCUAAGAUCGUGUAUUGGGAGGUUGCCCGGCAUCACUUCUGGUCUGCCCUGCUUCAUUCCAACUACUACACGACCUUGUGCCUCUUACAUAGGGCACACAUGCCGCCCAACGGCGGAAGUCGGUUUCCUGACGAUUCUCCAUACCCAUCACGGAACAUUGCGUUCCAGGCAGCAGCCAUGAUCACCUCGAUUAUCGAGAACCUGGCGGCUCAUGGAGAACUGCGUUUUUGCCCGGCAUUUGUGGUGUACAGCUUGUUCUCUGCUCUCAUCAUGCAUGUAUAUCAAAUGCGGUCGCCUGUGCCGUCGAUUCAACAGGUGACACAAGACAGAUUGAGAACUUGUAUGCAAGCUCUCAAGGAAGUCUCACGCGUGUGGCUGGUAGGGAAGAUGGUGUACACCUUGUUUGAGUCCAUCAUAGGAAACAAAGUCCUCGAGGAGCGUCUGCAAAAAGCUGCAGGCAAGCGACACAGGAAGGCGCAACAGGCCAUGGCGCAGCUAGAGCAGCAUUCGCGUCCCCAUGAUGUGGCCAAGCGGAAGUACGACGACAUGGCGAUUGACUUCAGCGUUAACACACCGACGCCCCAGGAGUCGUAUGAACGUUCACGUCCCCAGACACCGAGCCAUAUGAAGGGCGACGGUAACCCCCAAAACAUGCCGCCGCCGGUCACCUCUCCCAACCCCAGGCAACAUGACACAUUCAUGGGCGGAACAUCAUCACGGCCACAGACCAGACCUGCAACACCGUUCAACCCUUCCUUCUCCGUUCCAGCUACGCCACCAGACUUGUACCUGGUAACUCGUAACUCGCCGAACAUAUCCCAGUCUUUAUGGGAGAAUUUUCAGCCCGACCAGCUGUUCCCAGAUAGUGCCAGCAUGCCAGCCUUCCCCCUCAUGUCGCCUCCGCCCGCAAACCAACAAGGCCUCGACGCAGGUCUCAUGGCGCAACUCCAAAACCCCAGCUUGCAGAGCGGACUGGCAGCCCAAAACACCCCGUUCCAUCAAAGGGGGACCAAUAAGACGGGCCUAAGUGGAAGCCCUCCUCAAGGCCACAAUGUCCUCCAAUCAGGCAUGCAAGGCUUUCAACAGCAUCAGCAGCAACCGCAACAACAGCAGCCGCAGUCACAGGCCCAAGCACAAGGACAGAACUCCAACACCAGUCUCAACAGCAAUUUAUGGACUGCCAACUUUGAUGGGCUGAUGCCUGACGGCCAGAGUCCGAGCGAUAGCUGGAGUACAGGAUCUGCCCAGGGGCAGCCUGUUCCAAACACCUUGAAUGUCGAGGACUGGUUCCAAUUUUUCGGCAUCAAUAAUGGCGAUUUGGCAAACAUGAAUAUCGACCUGGGACUUGGACCCCAGUAAAGAUAGGUCAGAUGCGCUUGGUAUCCGUUCUCGCUUUGGUAGCUUGGCAUGUGUAGCAUAGGCUCCGCUCAAGGCCUGUCUUGUAGUUGCAAAUGUGAUAGAGGGCGUACCAAUGAACAAUGUUCGAGAUUUGGCGAGAAACUUCUUAAUUUCACGUGUUUUGCUGAGGCGCACUGCACCAGUUAGCGUCAUGUAGAGCCGGGUGUGUCUUGUCCAGGCAGGGCCAUAUGAACAAUGCGUAUGUCCUUGCAUGCACAGCAAGCAGUUGACCC